UGUUGGGUAUUGGGCAUUUGAAUUUAAUUUAGUCAAAUACUACUUGUAAAUUUAUAUUUGGAAUGAAUAAUACAUUGUUAGGAUUAAAUAUGUUUGUUAUAAUUUGAGUUUAUAAGUAUAUUAAUUUAUUUGUAAUAUCUAACAUUAUUAAAUAAAGUUUAAUAAUAUGGUUCCAAACAAGAUGCAUUCGUCAUUAGAUGACUUAGUUCAAUACACACAAUUGUUUAAACCCGUGACUACAAUUUUGCAAGGAACAGUGCUACCCUUUUUGAUCAUUUACCCACUCAUUUUCUAUUGCUGGUUCUUCGUAUACGGUAUUGAAGAAAACUUUGAAGCAGGGUUUGUGACUGUUUCGGUAGUCGCUGUUAUACACAUUUUUAUUUGCCUCUGUUGCUACUGGAGUGUUCACAUUCAAUGUUUCUUGUCGUGUACACCGGUUAAAAAUCCUUUACAAGCGGAAAUCGUUAAAGUAGUUCCAACUUCUAACAAUGGCUUCUCUGAAAUUGUUAAGCUUCAUCACACAGAGUCUACUAAAAAGGAUGGUGCAAACCCAGAUGUUUGGUUUAUCUUUCAAAAGAGCAAAUAUGUUUAUGAUUGGAAUAAGAAAACAUUUCAUACAGUUGAAUUUCCUGUUAAUAAAACAUAUGAGGAAUAUAUUGAGUCUAAAGGAUAUGCAGAUGAAGAAUCCAUUAUUUUAGCUGAGAAAGAGUUUGGGAAGAAUGAAAUGAUUAUGGUUGUACCUGAAUUUAUGGAACUGUUUAAAGAAAGGGCAACUGCUCCAUUUUUUGUAUUCCAAGUUUUUUGUGUUGCUUUAUGGUGCCUUGACAAAUACUGGUACUAUUCCAUUUUUACCCUUGUCAUGUUGGUUAUGUUUGAGUGUACCCUCGUACAGCAACAACUGAGAAAUAUGGCCGAAAUAAGAAAAAUGGGUAAUAAACCGUAUCAUAUUAAUGUUUAUAGAAAUAGAAGAUGGCGUUCAAUUGAUAGUGAUCAGUUGGUACCAGGAGACAUUGUUUCACUUAUUCGUUCACAAAAUGAUAACAUUGUGCCCUGUGAUAUUGUACUAUUGAGAGGGUCAUGUAUAGUUGAUGAGUCUAUGUUAACUGGUGAAAGUGUUCCACAGAUGAAGGAACCAUUAGAGAAUGAAAAAGAUCUAAAACAGAACUUAGAUAUUGAAGGUGAUGGUAAACUCCAUAUGUUGUUUGGUGGCACUAAAAUAGUUCAACAUUCAUCACCUAUUAAAAAUGUGUCUAAUGGUUUAAAAGCUCCAGAUAAUGGAUGCAUUGGGUAUGUUAUUCGAAAUGGCUUUAACACGUCACAGGGGAAGCUUUUGAGGACCAUCCUGUUUGGUGUUAAAAGAGUUACUGCCAAUAAUCUUGAAACUUUUGGAUUUAUAUUAUUCCUAUUAAUAUUCGCAAUUGCUGCUGCAGCAUAUGUUUGGAUAAAGGGUUGUGAAGAUCCAGAAAGAAAUAGAUACAAACUUUUUUUGGAAUGUACAUUAAUUUUAACAUCAGUUGUACCUCCAGAGCUGCCAAUCGAAUUAUCUUUAGCUGUUAACACAUCUUUAUUGUCCUUAUCAAAGUUAGCUGUAUUUUGUACCGAACCAUUUAGAAUACCUUUUGCAGGUAAAGUUGAAAUCUGUUGUUUUGAUAAAACUGGUACAUUAACUAGUGACAACCUAGUAGUUGAGGGCGUGGCAGGAAUAGGAAAAAAUACAGAUGCUACAGUUAUACCAUUGUCUGAGGCUCCAAUGGAAACUAUUCAGGUUCUGGCAACUUGCCAUUCAUUAGUACAGUUAGAUGAGGGAGUAGUCGGAGAUCCAUUAGAGAAAGCAACAUUAAAAGCUGCUGAAUGGAAUCUGACCAAGGGAGAUGCUGUUGUACCAAAGAAAGGUAAAUCACCAGGACUUAAAAUUGUUCACCGAAAUCACUUUGCAAGUGCUCUAAAGAGGAUGUCUGUUGUAGCUGGUUAUCAAAUAAAUGAAAGAGGGUUUAUUGAAACUCACUAUAUUAGUAGUGUGAAAGGUGCUCCUGAAACUAUUAAAUCUAUGCUAAAAGAAGUUCCUAGCCACUAUGAUCAUGUUCAUUUAACCCUAUCAAGACGAGGGGCGCGAGUUUUAGCUUUAGGUUACAGAAAUUUAGGCAAGUUAACAUCGCAGGAAGUUAGGGACUUGUCAAGAGAUGAUAUUGAGUCCGAACUGACAUUUGUUGGUUUUGUAAUCAUAUCAUGCCCCUUAAAAAGUGAUUCGAAAAAAGCGAUUGCUGAGAUUGUACACGCAUCCCAUUCAGUCGUAAUGAUUACCGGCGACAAUCCUUUGACGGCAUGCCAUGUAGCAAAGGAAUUGAAAUUUACACAAAAGAGCGAUGUACUCAUAUUAACACAAUCAAGCGAUAAUUGGUAUUGGAAGUCCAUUGAUGAGUCGGUAGAGCUUCCAGUACAACCAUUUAAAACUGUAAAGGAACUUACAACCAAAUAUGAUCUAUGCAUAACUGGGGAAGGCCUUGCUUAUCUAAAUGAAUAUCAUAGACAAUUUUUAGUAGGAAUCAUAGCUCAUAUUAAAGUAUUCGCUAGAUUUGCACCAAAACAGAAGGAAUUUGUUAUUGUUACACUCAAGUCUCUCGGAUACGUGACACUAAUGUGCGGCGAUGGUACAAAUGAUGUCGGUGCCUUGAAACAUGCAGAUGUUGGUGUAGCAAUUCUCGCUAACGCGCCAGAACGUAUACGAGAGAAGCGUGAGGAACGCCCCAUAGAACCGGAGAUUCCUCGGAGACCGAUGGCGUUGCGCGAUCCACGCGCAGAGGCCCGAGCCGAAGCCGCUGCAAGACUGAGACGGGCCAUGAAGAAGCUGGAGGAAGAAGAUCAACCUCAACUCGUUAGGUUGGGUGAUGCUAGCGUUGCUGCUCCCUUCACAAGUCGACUGUCUAGUAUACUUUGUAUUUGCCACAUAAUAAAGCAAGGUCGGUGUACCCUCGUAACGACUCUUCAGAUGUUUAAGAUCUUGGCGCUCAAUGCAUUGAUAUUGGCAUACAGUCAGUCAGUGCUUUAUCUUGAUGGUAUCAAAUUCAGUGACGUUCAAGCAACACUACAGAGUUUGUUAUUAGCAUCUUGUUUUCUGUUUAUUUCGCGAUCGAAGCCUCUGAAGCAAUUAUCAAAACAGCGUCCUCUGCCAAACAUCUUCAACCUGUACACAAUAAUGACUGUUCUCACACAAUUCGCAGUUCACUUCUUAUGUCUAGUGUAUUUAGUACGUGAAGCAACUCUACGUUCACCUGACAGAGAUACAACACCAAAACUAGAUAUGGAUUUAGCGGAGGAUGAAGAACGCGUGUUCACACCAGAUCUUGUCAAUAGUACCGUCUAUAUUAUCUCUAUGGCGCUUCAAAUAUCUACAUUUGCGAUAAAUUAUAGAGGUGAACCAUUCAUGGAAGGGCUUCGAGACAAUAAACCUCUACUCUACAGUAUUUUAAUAUCGGGUGGCGUAGUGUUCGCGUUGGCUACUGGAUUCAUUCCCGACCUCUCCAAUUUGUUUGAAAUUGUGUAUUUCCCACCAGACUAUCGAGUGAUUUUAGUUCAAGUUCUAAUAGCGGAUAUGGUAUUCGCAUAUUUGGUGGAUCGAAUUUGUUUGUGGCUGUUCGGAGACGCUCGCGUCAGCAACGUGACGUAGUACACACGGACGCGCUCACGCACACACUGAUCCGGCCAAUCGUGUAGCGGUGUUCCUUUACUACCUGUGAAUAAGUGUUCGGUGUCCGUUCUGUGUGUGUGCCGGCCGUGUAUGGACUCGUAACAGCUCAAAAUAUAUGCAUUUAAAGUUAUCUAAAUGUGUCAGUGGUAUUUAUUUAUGAGAAAUAAAUGUGUAGUUCAUUUUAA